UGCCAGAGACAGCAGCGGUGACACCUCCUCUCUCUGCCGGCUCCUCGGCCUCAGCUCCUGGACUGCGUCCCUCUGCAGGGCCCGGACAUUUUCACCACCAUGGAGCUUCUUUACGCGCUGAUAUUCCUCGGCGUCGUUGCGCCUUUUUGCGCGUCGGACUCGAACCUGAGCAGCCACUCGGUUCUGGAGCCUUACGAUUUCCUUUUUGACACGGCGGUGGAAGCCUACUACAAGGGGGACUGGCUGACGGUCAUCCUGAACAUGGAGAAGGCGCUGAAGAACAAAGCUACGGUCCGCAAUGCGAAGGCUCAGUGCCGGAUCAGCUGCGCCAACCAGAGCGCUUUCGGAGAGCCAGUGGCCGGCCUCGGAGUUCCCAUCCCGGGGGCUGGCUCUGUGGAGGAUCUGGGCUUCUUCCAGAAAAUCCUGAAACGGGCGGAUUGUGUGAAGUCCUGCGAAACUGAGAAACUCGGUUCACCAACUUUGCAUCAAGUCAGUGAAGAAGUGGAGCUGGAGUUUAAGAAGAGGACUCCGUAUAAUUACCUGCAAGUGGCAUAUUUUAAGAUCAAUAAGCUGGACAAGGCAGUGGCAGCUGCCAACACGUUCUUCCAGGCCAACCCAGACCACAUGGAGAUGAGACAGAACCUGGAGUACUACAAGAUGAUGGCAGGAGUACAAGAAGAGGACUUCAAGGAUUUGGAGGCCCGACCACACAUGGCUGAGUUUCUGCUGGGGAAGAGCUACUACAGCGACGAGUCAUUCGGUCUGGCGGCUGAACACUUUGAGGUGGCCGUAGAGGAGUACUUCACUGCCAACAAGGAGUGCAGAGCUCUGUGUGAGGGCGCCUAUGACUACGACGGAUACAACUACAUGGAGUACAGUGCAGACCUGUUCCAGACUGUGACUGACCACUACAUGCAGGUUCUGAACUGUAAGCAGCACUGCUCCGUGGAACUGGCCUCAACCGCUGGCAGAGACAAGCCCUUUGAGGAUUUCUUGCCUUCGCACUUCAACUAUCUGCAGUUCUCCUACUACAACAGUGAGAAAUAUGAGCAGGCCAUAGAGUGCGCUAAGACCUACCUGAUGUUCCACCCCGAAGAUGAGGUGAUGAACCAGAACCUGAACUACUAUUCUGCCGUGCUGGGCGAAGACAAGGCAGGAACCAUAUCAGCCAGACAGGUUGUGAAACAGUACAUGCAGCAGUCCAUAUUGGAGAAAGAGCUGCUCUACUUUGGAUAUGAAGCCUUUGGAAUCACCUUUGUAGAUCCAGACACAUGGACUCCUGAAGACGUCAUGCCAAAGAAACUGAGAGACAAACAGAAGGCCGACAGAGAGACGGCAGCGAGGAUCACAGAGGAGAUAGGAAACCUCAUGAAGGAGAUCGAAACUCUGGUUGAGGAGAAGAAGAAGGAUUCUACAGAUAUGGCCAAGAUCAUAGUGCCGCAGGAAGGUGGUGCUCUGCCGUUUGACAACAUCAAGGUGACGAUGACGUCCAAGCAGCUGAACGGCUCCCAGCGGGUGCUGCUGGAUGGGGUGAUCACUGAUGACGAGUGCAGGGAGCUGCAACGCCUCGCCAAUGCAGCUGCUGCGAAAGGUGACGGCUACAGAGGGCGGCCAUCACCACACACCCCCAAUGAGAUGUUCCAGGGAGUCACUUUCCUGAAGGCGGUCAAGCUCGGACAGGAGGGCACGGUUCCGCUGAAGAGCGCUGGUCUGUUCUUCAACCUCAGUGAGAAAGUGAGGAAGGUGGUGGAGUCCUACUUCAGCCUGGACACUCCACUGUACUUCUCCUACUCCCACCUGGUCUGUCGCUCUGCCAUUGAAGAGAAACAGGAAGAACGCGAUGACCUGAGUCACCCUGUUCAUGUGGACAACUGUCUGCUGGUUUCUGAGCUAAACGAGUGUAUAAAGGAGCCUCCUGCAUAUACACAUAGAGACUACAGUGCUAUCCUUUAUCUAAAUGAUGACUUUGAAGGAGGAAACUUCAUUUUCACUGAGCUGGAUGCCAAAACAGUCACGGCUGAGGUGCAUCCACAGUGUGGUCGUGUGGUUGGAUUUGGAGCAGGGAAGGAAAACCCUCAUGGCGUCAAAGCCGUCACCAAGGGUCAGAGAUGUGCUGUAGCACUUUGGUUCACCCUGGAUCCUGCUCAUGAGGAAAAGGAGAGAAUUCAAGCUCAGGAUAUGCUGAAGAUGUUUUCUACUCCUAUAAAUGUGGAAUUUAGCAAAACGGAAACAACUGACACUGUUGAGUCUAAGUCGACUACAACUGAGCCUCCAGCACAGGCUGACCAGGAGCCAGCAGAUAAAAAACAAGACGAUAAAGCAGCAGAGUCGAAGCCAAGUACGCCAGCAGACCCACCAAAGGAUGCACCAAAACCAGGCAGCAAAACAGUCACUAAAACCAAAGCUGCACCUAAAGCAAAGGCUAAAACUGGAGACCAAGCAAAGGCUAAAACUGGAAACCAAGCAAAGGCUAAGAUGGCAGACAAAGCUAAACCUGCCGCUAAAAAAGAUGGAAAACAGACGGUUAAAACACAAGCCAAGCAGGUUGCUAAAAAGGACACAAAAGCAGCUGCGAAAAAGACAGUAAAAGUCACAGCCAAGAAGGACUCAACAUCAGCGUCUGACUCUGAGAAGGGCAAAGACGAGCUGUGAUCAAACAGUGACUGUCUCCAAAUGGGGUCUAUUUUUCUACUAUUCUCUACAAGGUUUUCUCUGUGGGUGGUUAUAUAAAAACUUAAGGCUGUUUAACAAAAUUGUUUUGUGCCUUUAAAUUAACUGGUUAAGGUGGAUAUCACUCAAACUGUUGCCGACAAUGUGCUCAAGUGCCCGUGAUUACUGUAGCCAUCUUUAUUUGGCACUCGCUGUAAAGACUGCACAUAUUUUUAUUUCACUUUUAAAUCUGAGCUCUUUUUAUUGUGUUUUAUUUGUGAUGUUAUGGAACUAAGCAGAGAUGAGUGAACGUGGGAGAACCUUGAAUCGACUAUGUGAAUCAAUGUAAUAAAAAGUGCUAUUUCUAAA